CCCUGUAUCCCAUAAACCAUCAUAUUACCGUUUCAUUUUAGUGUCAGACCCCUGAACAUUUUCAUUCGGCAUUAGUUUGGCAAACAUUUCGGCUAGGAUCCAAAAUUUCCGGUUAAAAAUAUUCGAAAUUUCAAAUCCCAAGUCCGCCGAGAUGGUUAUCUAUAGUGCCACAUCGCAGAAAAAAACGGGCCGUGUCUCAGCUAUCGCCUCUAAAAUCCGAAAUGAAAUCCAGGCCAACGAAGCCGCCGUGCCCGUAGUAGCGGUCCGUCCUAAACGGAAACGAACUGCGGUCUCGGGCGGAUCGGCCAAGCGAUCGGUCGCAGGCGCAUUGACGACCUUGAGCGGACCGGUCACAGGUCAGCUGGGGCUCGGUCUGGUCCCUGGGACAGCAGCUGUAAAGGCUCAAGCAGAAGCCCCCGCCGUCCACCUCCCACCUGUCCCACUGCCACGCCCACUUCGCAAGGCCACAGCCACCGCCACCGCAGCCGCUUCUGGACUUACUGCCAAGGUGCCUGGUGCCGCGACAGCAGUUUCAGCUGUGCACGAAGCGAUACCCAUCGCAGGAUCCGGGUCCGUUUCCACAACAGAAACAGGCCUAGCCUAUCCCCCAGCCAUUAAGAAGAGCUCGCUGUCCACCCGCAAAGUGGGCGGUGGCAAGGCUACUGACUCCAGUAGCGUGAAGAGACGGGUCAAGUUCUCGGUGAACGUGCACACAUAUCCAUCCACAACAAGCACUAAGAAAUCAGCUCGGAUCGGCGAACUACAGUUGAAGAAGCGCACCAAGAAGCUAAAGCGGAGCCGGACGCGCCGAGAAGGUGGUGGACCAUUGGCGGCUAUUGCCAACGACCUGGCAAGCAUCUCGCAGGAGAACCCAAAGCCAGUCUCUAUCGGGGGCAUUGAAGAUCCUUUGAAAGCUCCUCGCAUCCUGCGUCUCAACGUUGUGGGAAAGCCAGCCAAGGUUACGGGUAAAUCUGCUCUGGCGGAUGCCCUUCGCCGGAAGGCCAACAGGUUGAGCCAACCCAAAUCGGUAGUAGCGGAGAAUACCUCCAAGAGCGGCGGACCGAUCAAGAGUGUCAAGUUCAAGGCAAAGUCGGCCAAAAAGUCGGGAGGCAGUGCUUCCAGCACCAUCCAGCUGGGUGAGCGACCUAAGGCCGCGGGUGUAGCGCCGCGCAAGAAGGCAGGGUUGGGAAAGAAGGCCACAACUAGCUCGAUAGCAACAACCCCUUUAGUCCCCCAUGAGCGGCAGAGCCAUGGAAAAGCCAGAAGCUGAUGGCGGCGACCAGCCGGAGAAUCCUGGCGAGAAGGAUCAGCCGCAGUUAGAGAAAAGCGUGAAGCGACCCCGUGAUCCAUCUUCCC